CAGGGUUACCGCGCCCAUCUCUCCGUCUGAUGGCCGGAUGAGAGCUGCACUGGAGAGAAGCGCUCCUUCAAGGAAGGCAACGGGAAGUGGCCACCGACAGACUCAUUCGUUGACCAAAGUCUCCAAUCGGACCUCCAUGACUGCCCUUUUCAAUCGCAGCUGAGAUAUCAGCUUCUUCCUCGACGUUCACAGGCUCAUUUCCUGCCCGUCGGAGCGAGUUAUAUCGCUGAAAAAGUGGACUCGUUUGAGAAGCGCUCGUCUUGUUCGUUGAUGCGUGGAUUUGACAAGCCACACCAUCGUUUUUUUCGGUCAAUGCCAUAUAAACAAAGGCCAUCUACGACUGAGAACAGAUCCGAACGUGUCCCGACAGUAGGCGAGAGGCAGAGCUUUAGAAGAGGAAAAUGAGUGAACUGGACCAGUUACGUCAGGAGGCUGAGCAGCUGAAGAACCAGAUCAGAGAUGCAAGGAAAGCUUGUGCAGAUGCUACACUAUCACAGAUCACAGCCAACAUCGACCCUGUUGGCCGAAUCCAGAUGCGCACAAGGAGAACACUGCGAGGACAUUUGGCUAAAAUCUAUGCCAUGCACUGGGGCACCGAUUCUAGGCUGCUGGUUAGUGCCUCCCAGGAUGGAAAGCUCAUUAUUUGGGACAGUUAUACCACAAAUAAGGUCCACGCCAUUCCUUUGCGCUCGUCCUGGGUGAUGACCUGUGCCUAUGCUCCUUCAGGGAAUUAUGUGGCCUGUGGAGGCCUGGACAACAUCUGCUCCAUCUACAGCCUCAAGACUCGUGAGGGCAACGUGCGUGUCAGCCGCGAGCUGGCCGGUCACACAGGAUAUUUGUCUUGCUGUCGCUUCCUUGACGAUAACCAGAUUGUUACAAGUUCUGGCGACACCACCUGUGCUCUCUGGGACAUAGAAACUGGUCAGCAAACGACCACGUUCGCAGGACACACUGGUGAUGUGAUGAGCCUGUCUCUGGCUCCAGACAACAGGCUGUUUGUGUCGGGGGCCUGUGAUGCCUCUGCUAAACUAUGGGACAUCCGUGAAGGCAUGUGCAGACAGAGCUUCACUGGCCACGAGUCAGACAUUAAUGCCAUCUGUUUCUUCCCCAAUGGUAACGCAUUUGCCACCGGCUCUGAUGACGCCACCUGCCGUCUGUUUGACCUGCGCGCCGACCAGGAGCUCAUGGUCUAUUCUCACGACAACAUCAUCUGCGGCAUAACCUCCGUGGCCUUCUCGAAGAGUGGCCGCCUGCUGCUCGCCGGCUACGACGACUUCAACUGCAACGUGUGGGACACCCUCAAGGCCGACCGCGCUGGUGUGCUGGCCGGCCAUGACAACCGAGUAAGCUGUCUGGGUGUAACUGAUGAUGGCAUGGCAGUGGCUACAGGGUCCUGGGACAGCUUCCUCAAGAUCUGGAACUGAAUGCUGAAGGUGCUUUCAAUGCAACAUGUCCGAUACAAUAUCAUUUGAUCUCCAAAGUUGACUGGAAGACCAUUCAAACUUUAGAAUGUUAAAUUUCACAGCAUCGUCAACAACAACAAACACCUUUUAAAACUGACUGAUACCACCAUGAAAAGAAAUUGAAACUUCUAAGGGAAUACAAUGCCUUUCCUACACCAAGAAGAGCACAAUUUGUUUUAUCACCCAGCUUAAAGAAAAAGAAAAAAAGAAUUCCUGUGGUAUGAUACGGACCAUUCUGUGUCACCCUGUAAGAAAACACAAAAACACUAUCAUCCCAUGCUUAAUGUAUCAUGUGUCUAGAGAGCAAAUGUUGGAGUGUAAUUGUACAAAUUAUUUAACUCUCUUUAUUUUUUGUUUCUUCAAAUGGUUCUUUUAUCUGAUAGUCCUUCUUAGAUCUUUUCCCACCUCUUUAUUUUUCUGUUAUAUCUCUAUAUGUUUCUGAUUAGAAAAACCUUUUAAUCCUGUUAUAAAAGCAUGUGAAAACAACGAGUCAUGUAUAAUCCUGACACGAGACAAGGAUGGAAGAGCAGCUUUUUAUAAAGAUGCCAAUCAUGUGUUGUGUUUCUUUUUUAUUUUGUGCACUAGGUUGCUCUAGAGGUUGUGUAGUUUUCAUAACAUGAUUUAAGCGAAAAGGAAAAGUACAUGCGCCCUCUUGUGAAAUCAGAAUUCAUAUUCUUGGGUGACAAAAGGGCAGCCCCGAGCAGCUUUCAACUCUACUCUUUCUGAUUGUUAACCACCGCUGGGCUGUUGCCAUUUUUCCGGGUAAUAACAGCCUUAGCUUUCUGAAAUAUUAAUCAUGAUCUGUGCAUUAGGUAACUUUCCUCUGUGUAAAUCCUGGUCCUUUGUCAUUAAAGAAAAAAGAAAAUGCCAUAAAAAUGCCAUAUCUCUAUGAAAUACUUUUCCGAGUCCGAGGUACUCGUCGUUUUAUCUUCGAAUGGCCGUUUGUAAAUAUGGGUAUCCGACUUGCACGCGAAUGCAGCAUUAUAUCCUAGCUAAUGUUUCUUUCCAGUCUCGUCACAGCUUUGUUUGCACAAUAAGAAACUUGACUAACGUUUUAAGCGCUAACUAGCCAAGCACAUGCCGUUAAUCACAUUGAAUGCUAAUUCUAAAGGAGAAAAUGCGAGGAAAAAAAAAAGUAAAAAUGUAAAAAGUAAAAAAAAAAAAAAAAAUGUAAUCCUCUCUUUUAUUGGAUCAAAAUCUGUUCUGACUGUUUGUGUUCUCGGUUACUUUAAGCUUUUGGCUUUAAUUCUGAUUUUGGGGUUUUUAUUUGGGAGGGGGGAGGUGCAUUGGUGUUUUGAAUACAAAACCUUUUUGGGGCCAUUUUUUUUUUUUUUUUAGCCCAGUUCCAGAAAGUGAACCGUUAGCCAAGUGUGUGCUUGGAAAUACAGUUACUACUAUGUGAAUGAAAUGUUGUACAAAUCAAUGUCUGAAAAUAAUGAUAAUUCUGAAAUUAAGUUAAGGGUUUUUUUUUUCUCUGCCAUGAAUUAACAUAGUCGCAUGCUGUAGAAUUUGCUUAAAACAGGCGCUGAUGUCGUUAGGCCCACUCGAUAAGAAACAGAAAUUUUAGAACAUUGAAACUUUGAUUCCAAAUGUUUUAGACAUGCUGUGCAUCCUUUACUUUUACUGGCAAAGCUAUGCACCUUUGUAAGAAAUCGAGAGGGAGAAAUGACAUUUCCUGCAAAUCAUGGCCAUUCUUCCUUGACAAACCCGUCCAAAUUACUCAAAAUUAAAUAAGUUACAAAAGUGUCCCAUUUGAUAGUCUAAAAACCUUUUGUGAGUUUUCUAAUUCAAAUGUACCGAAAUCACAAUGAACACUUUUGGCUUUUCUUUAAAAUGUUUUUUUUUUUUUUAUGGCAUCUGAUAUGGCAGAUUAUUCUGUUCUUUUUCCACUGUAAACAGAUGCACUUUCUUUAAUAGUUGUGACUUGUUUUUUUCCCCCCCUUUCUCUGCGAUAAUGUACAAUAAUUGUGAUGUAUUUGUGUGUGCUGCCACCAGUAAAGAUUAAUUGCAGUUUAAUUCAAAUGGAUUCCCCUUAUUUUCUCUCUUCAUUAAUAACUGUAGAGCUCAGCACUCCCUAUCUCACCUUUUGUAUUUAAUUUCAGUCUGUCGGUGUACCACAGAAAGCUGGAUGCAACAUAGAUACUAUAUUAAAAUGUACUGUUAUUUAAGAUGUAAUAAAAACGAGUUUGAGAUGUC